AUGCAAAAGCGACUUCUUUUUUUGUCUUUCUGGAGACCUACUGCUGACCCUGCUCAGUUCAGCUACUCACAAGAUCCAGAAGAAGUGCAGCUUACAAAGGGUAGCCUCGGUGUUGGUUUGGCGCUGGAUGGCGGUCGCGGUUCCGUGUUCGGCGACCGCCCAAUUGUUGUCAAAAGGAUUUUCGAAGGCGGUUCGGCAGCACGAAGCGGUCGCGUGAAGGUUGGUGACCAGGUUUUGGCAAUUGAUGGCAUCGAUGUUACUGGAAUGAGCUAUCUGGAAGCGACCAAGACGCUGCGGUCGCGCCCGCAAGGUCCGAUCACAAUGAUCAUCCGCUCUCGCCUGCUCUGA